AUGGGUCGCUUCCGCGAUGUUGAAUCAGAUGUUGAAACAAACAUGGUCACCGACCGUUCACAGUGUCAAUCUUGGACUGGUUUGGUUUUUUGGUGUGCUGUAAGCUAUAGCUGCGUGCUAGUAAUCUUUGUCCGUGUCUGUUUCCCCGACUUCUCGCUUCUGAGUCUUGGAAUGCUUCCGCUGUUUGUCCAUGGAAGCUCCCCUGCUCUCUUCUACGCCUUUUCACAGAGCCCAAGACACUUCAGUAAACCGAAGAACAUCGAAAUUGCUGCACUGGUACCAUUUCACCACCACCGUCGGACGGAAAUCCUGGACUGCUACUUGCGGAGAAACCUUGCUUCCAACGGAGGGUUCCUUGACCGAGUGGUUUUUAUGCCACAGACAAACCACACCGGGAGCCUUGGAUGGCUCUCAUCUAUCGUUGAUGGAAUCUCGUCCUAUUCGGUAUUGGAAAGCAGCGACCCCUUUGUCGAAACAGUUGUUGGAGACGGGAACACAAUGUUCGUUUGGAUCGAUGGUGACAUCGUAUUCCUAGAAAACCAUACCGUCCCGACGAUGGUCCAAACAAAAUUGAAUCAUCCUGACUCGCUGAUUGUUUCGGCCAACGUGGUCAACGACGGGGCUCUUAAGUAUCUCCAUAAUCGUCAACCAGUUGCUCUCCCAUAUCGUCCUGAGCUACAGCCUGUGCGAUCCGUUGACCACGACAGCUGGCGUGCUUCAACCUUGCCCCGCUGGAGAGGGCCUGCAAAUUUUCGGACCCCUAAAGGAUUUUCACCUCCAUCCGAAGGCCAUCGCUGGCUUCCUUCUGAUGACGAAAUGUUUAAUCAUACCCCGAUUGGCAUGUCUAUCUACUCGGAAAAUGGCCCAGACAUGGGAGACUGGAUCGUUAAAGCUCAGCAACAUUAUUCUUUUCUACACCAUCUUGAUUUGGGCGAUCUAUAUCGUUACAAAUUUCCUCUUUGGACUAACCCGACGGAUUCUAUCAGCACAAACUUUUUCUGUUUUAUGAGCAGCGACGCUAAUCCUGUUCUUUCGUUUAUGUACAAUGGUGGCAUGCGGGAAACGGGCUUGAAGACACCUAGAAAUGAGGGUCGUGUAGCGCAAGAUAUCAUAAUCGAUGGAAAGGGUCUAGCCGCUCACUACGGGCCUGAUCGUGGUUCAGAGAGCCUUGACGAUACAGAUGUGCUCUGGAGAUAUCGGUCAUAUGCUCUAGAGAGGGUCUGCCCGCAGACAACCAGACAUCCUACUAUAGAUAUAACAGUAAAUAAAUAA